AGAAAUGUUAUUCGGCAAUUCUCAUCGACGUCCAAAGUUUAUCAAAAAACAUGUGAGCAGCCUGCACCACUCACAUUUUUAUCAGAAGAUGAGCUUAUGAUGAAAGAAACAGUUGCCAAAUUAGCUAAAGAACAAAUUCUACCACUAGUUAAGAAAAUGGAUAUAGAAGAAAAAAUUGACCCAUCAGUAGUGGAUAUGUUAUUCGAAAAUGGGUUGAUGGGAAUAGAAAUUGAUAAUGAAUACGGUGGAUCCGGAUGUAAUUUUAUGACAACUAUAUUAACAGUGGAGGAAUUGGCAAAAGUUGAUCCGUCUGUAUGUAUAUUGGUAGAUUUGCAGAACACCUUGAUCAAUUCACUGAUAGUUAAACUGGGGAAUAAAGAACAGAAGGAAAAAUAUCUUACACGAUUAGCACAAAAUACAGUUGGCAGUUUUUGUUUAACGGAACCCUCAUCUGGAUCCGAUGCAUUUUCAUUAAAAACGACUGCCAAGAAAGAUGGAAGUGAUUAUAUUAUUAAUGGAUCUAAAAUGUGGAUUUCAAAUUCAGAUAUUGCAGAAAUUUUCCUAGUUAUGGCGAAUGCAGACCCAUCUCAGGGAUACAGGGGUAUUACAUGCUUUAUUUUAGAGCGAUCGAUGCCAGGCUUCACUGUACAGAAAAAAGAAGAAAAACUAGGAAUUCGUGCUUCUGGAACAUGCAUGUUAACUUUUGAAGAUGUUAGAGUACCAGAAGAAAAUAUUUUAGGAACAUACGGUCAUGGUUACAAAUAUGCCGCUGGAUUUUUAAACGAAGGUAGAAUUGGAAUCGGCGCUCAAAUGAUUGGAACAGCACAAGGAUGCUUAGAUGCUACCAUUCCAUACACCCUCGAACGUAAACAAUUCGGCAGAAAUAUAUUCGAAUUUCAAGCAAUGCAGCACCAAAUUGCCUUAGCAGCCACACAAAUUGAAGCUGCACGGUUAUUGGUCUAUAAUGCUGCUCGUUUGGUAGAAAGUGGCGAAAGCUUUGUUAAAGAAGCAGCAAUGGCCAAAUACUUUGCAUCAGAACUGGCUAGCCAAGUUUGCCGACAAUGCAUUGACUGGAUGGGAGGUGUUGGUUUCACAAGAGAUUUUCCUCAAGAAAAAUUCUAUAGAGACGCUAAAAUAGGAUCAAUAUACGAAGGAACGAAUAACAUCCAAUUAAAUACCAUCGCUAAAUAUUUAAUAAAAGAGUAUUCUCAAUAAACACUCUAUAUAAUUAUGGAAUCAAUAACCAACAACAACAAAUCUAUGUACAUUCAUAUAUCUAAGAUAAGCAUUUCAU